AUGGACCAGCGGGACCGGCCCACGCCGCCGCCGCCGCGCACCAGCUCCUACCUCGCCGCCACCGAAGCAUCAGGUUCGUCGGUGCGCGGGCCACCGUCGCCCGCGAUGCUCGGCCUGUCGUCGCCCGCGAGCCCCCAUCGCCGCUUCUCGCCCUCGCUGUACCCGCCUCCGGCGCCGUCGCCCGGCCGCCUCGCCUCGGGCUCCGGCUCCGGCUCAGGGUCGGCGUCGCGCUUCGGGCAGAUCCCGCCGUCGUCGCCGGUGGCGGCGCCGGGUGGCCGCCAACGCAGGACGCACGCGCUGCCCACGCCCUUCCUCUCCGAGCUCGCCUCGAUCCGGAGGAUGGGCGCCAGCCUCUUCGGCGAUCUGGACGACGCGCGCCCGACGAACCACCGGGAUGCGAGCGCGACGCGGCAGGCGAUCCACCGCCAGCAGCCUCAGCAGCAGGCGUGGCCGUUGUCGACGCCGACCAUGUCCCGCGACUCCGGCCUUCGUGCACCUCCACCGAGAGGGAGCUUCUCCCAGGUCGCGCCGCCGGUGUCGCGGCAACAGCAGCCGCCGUCUCCCGGUAUGCCACCUCUUUCCAGCAAUCGCUUCUCGGGGUUCCCAGGGUCUGCGUUCUGGUCGCAGCAACGACGGCAGGUGCAGCCUUCUUCUUCUGCUUUGCCGCCUCUGGCUUUGCAGCAACAGCAGACGACGUAUCAUCCCGAUCCGUCGUCCACCGAUCUGGCGCCACUGCCCAGUGGCAGUGGCAUAUUCUCCGGGUUCGCUCCGCCGGCAUCCAAGUCUUCCUUCACCGACCUGGCGCCUCUGCCAUGCGAGAUCGAGUCAGCAUCCUUGUCAUCGUCUCAGGUGGCGCCUGCUACUGCUAGCCACACCAUGACCAUGAACAGGCACGCGCAGUCAUCGUCAGACUCGGAGCUGCACCCAUUUCCGCUGAGUCUGGAAAUGCAAUCACAGGAUCAGACACCGUCCUGGCAGUGGCAGUCUUCAGGGAACGGCGUCACCUGCUCUGGAUUUGAGGCGCCGAUACUGGAUGCAGAAGUAGCACCUCGGUUUCAAAUAAAGGAGGAGCCCAUGGACGACGCCCCGUGCAUUGAGCUGCAGCCCGAGUUCAUUUCCCUUGAUGACGAAGACGACGGGCUCAACGCUCUUCUGCAAUCGUUCCAAUCGUCAAGUGAGCCGGCGAGCUUUCACAGCCUCGAGCCCACCUCCUUAUUAGAAGACAGCAGGUUGCAGCUAGGAGGUAGCGGCAGCAGGCCGAGAGCGAUGGGCGCCGUCGAGGGUAGUGACCAAUCUUGGGAGGCCAUGCUGACACCGGCCUACGACAAUGUGAGCAUCGCGAAGCCAAACCUACAAUUUGCACUGCUGCCCUCCUCCACAGACAGGCUAGAGCUGAACAGCAGCGAGGGCCCUAGCGUCUGGAGUACCGCUGACAGCAGUGGACAAGUCUGGGCGGGGAUGCCUGCAUUGGCCGGCAUGUUCGACCAGAUGAGCAUUGGUGGAGAGACCAUGAGCAUUGGCCAAGGCUGGCCGGCGACGCCAGCGGCAGGUGGCCAAUACGGUAUGUUUGAUGACAAUAGUGACAGAAGCAGCAGUACCUGGCCGGCGAUGCCUUCGUGUGCCAGCAUGUUCGACCAGAUGAGCAUUGGUGGAGGAAGCAUGAGCAUGGGCCAACAAGUCUGGCCGGAGAAGCCAGAGGCAGCUAUGUUUGACUUUGACAACCCUGGUGGCAGCAGCAGCACUGCCUGGGCAAGCAAGCCCUGGAACUUUAGCAGCUCGUCUAUGGAGAACUCCACCCCAGUGCCAAAGCUGAUACUCGGGGGCAUCGAGAAACCCAGGUUGCCACGACGGCUACCAUCUCUUCCAGCUCUUGCUAGCAGCAUGUCGCCGAAGGGCACCUGUGGGGACUUCUUCUCUGUGGCCGAGAUGCAGACAAUCAAUAAGGAUAAGCGCCUCAAGGAGAUCGUGAACAUAGAUCCUAAGAGGGUUAAGAGGAUUCUGAACAACCGGGCAAGCGCGGCAAAUUUGAGGGCACGGAGAAAUGAAAUGCUCUGCAUCUAA